UUACUUUCUCUGCGAGUAUCGGCAUUAAAGAAUCAAAAUUUUUUACCGCUCAAAUUCGACGCUGUACUGAAAUACAUCCCAGCGCUUUAAAAAUGAUGAAACACGAGAUAUAACCAAUCAAAGAUCCUAAACAAAUUCAAAAGCGCCUUUGAAAAUUUCCACUGCAAUAUAUAACAGUAUAUUUUCUCGUUAUGAGUAAUAAUCAUCCCCCAGUUGUUCAAUAUUAAUUUUAUUUUUGUACUAGCUUAUUUGUUCAUUUAUAAAAAGUGCAGGUGUACUAACGAGUCGAAAUAUAAAUUUCAUAUCCCAUGCAACGUACAUAUAUUAAUAUUUCAGAUAUUUUCCAAUAACGACAGUAUUCAACACAUGAUUAACAUUUCAUCUCCACAAAUCGUCGCGAUUCAUGCCAGAUCCCUAUGCUAUAAAAGGAAAAAUCGCUCUUCGUGUAAAAUUGGUAUUCGAAAAACGUGAUCGGAAUGCUACAGGAUUAUCCCAUUUCAAAGUAUCUAAUCUGUCUAAUGGAUGGAAAGUUGAAACGUUUCUUUCGCCUUAUCGACAUCCCGAACAGUUUGAUCUUCGUACAACAAACGUGAACAUAAAAUAUACUGCACAGAAUUUUCAGGUAAUUAGCGUAGCCGAUCAAAGGCGUGUGAAAAAAGAACAAUUAGCCUUUUUCUUUUGGGCCCAAGGCAAUAUAGCUGGCAUACAGACGAAUAUCAACUUUCCUUUGCGGCGCUUCAGAACUCGGCAGAAUAAACGAUCCGAUGGGCCGAGGGAUUCGAUUACAACGUUUACCGUUUAAUACGAGAGUGAUACUUUUCUCUCAGUUGUCGCUAAUGGAUUUCGCUGUUCCUUCGAGCGCCGAAUAAUCCAACGAUAUACGACGGAGGAAUAUAACGCGAUAUCUAUAUACAAAGGUACGAGAAUCGAGCACUCUCAUUAUUCGCAUAACGAUGGUCAUGAAGGGGGAUUUUAUUCGUACAUCAUUAAUCUAUUUUUUUCGUUCUUUCAUCUGUCAUUUAUGGUACAUUUGUUCCAAUGUCCAAGUGAUUCGUCAUUGCUAGUAUUUUGGUGCGCGUUGUGUCAUAUGUUCAACGUUUUUUUUUUUCUCAAAUUUCCGUUCGUUUCCCUUCAGUUGAAUUGAUAUGAUGACAAAAAAAUUAAAAUUUCACUGCAUUGCAAAAUGGUGUUGCGAUCACUCCAGAGUUUGGCAAGGAGAAGGAGGAGUGACCAUUCGAAUCAUAAACAUGGGAUGAAAUUUUGUUUACAAACUUACACCGACCGUAGUCCCAGGAAAAUUGUUGAGUGUGUAUAGAGGGAGGGGGAUAUACUUGAUGCUUACAGUAUAUCACGGAGCCGGAUUGAGUUUACCUCGAGGUUUCGAUGGGAAGAGUUAGAGUGGUCGCGAUACCCGUAGCCGUACACGUACCGCACAUUCAUUUAUAAGAAAUUUCGACCCAUUACCUACCUGUCGAGGCAUACACCAUCUCUCUCUCGAGGAAUCAUUUGCGUGGAUAUGUUGCGAUGAGGUUGAUUCGCGAGCGCCGGCGCCGUGGGCAUCGUUGUGUCGGUGGCAUCGGCUCGGGUCAGGACAGUUGAGCUUUUGCGUAGCGUGGGUAAGUCUCGAAGAGAACGAGUUCCGUUACCCGAAUAAAAGAGGGUUGCAAGAAGCUUGCGACUGGGAUUAGAAAUACAUGUAUAUAUAAUACGUAUAAUAGAACAGCAUCGUCGCAAGACGCUUAACGCGCUAGGGAGAGUAAAUGUAGAUGCGACCGAUGAUAUUCGAUUCAAAGUUGAAUCGUCGUCAAAGAAAACAGUGAAAUUUAAUCGAGUCAAGUGCCUGUAUAUCACAAUACAGGAGAGACAGUGCGAAAGAAACAAAAUUACAUAUUCAGAAUAUAAAAAUAUAAAUUCUGAGGAUCGGAGGGGGACGCGAUGAGGUCUUCGUGAUCGCAGAGAAUAAUCCUGGCACUCCUCAAAAUUAUAUUUCCUAUAGAGAUGUGAGGUGAUCGAGAUAAGAAUUUAUAAUGAUACCGUCGUCCCGGCGAAACGGCACCCUCCGGGUCGUCGUCGUUGGAUUCUGGUGGCUGCUUCUAGCUCGGCCAGCUCUCGGUUUUCCGGAUCCCUCCGAGAUCACCACGCCGGAAGACCUAUCGAAUCGAGGGACCCAGAAAUUCGCUGAUUUUUGCAAGGAGGACAGAGACUGCGGUUUUCCCGGCUCAUUUUGUGAACCGAGAACCAAAAAAUGCAACUGCAAAGAGGAAUUCCCGGCGACUAAUCAUAUCGACAAAUGUGGAGUCAAGGCCAACGUGAACGAGUCCUGUUUUUUCCUUGAACAAUGCGAGGCUAUGGUAAAGCAGACGGAAUGUCGGGACGGACGCUGUAUCUGUAUUUUCGAAAUGGUUCCCGUUACCCGUUCGGACGGUGUAAUAGAGUGCAUUGCCGAACACCAAGAACCCCCGAGUCUACAGUACAUAGAUCCCGCCAUGAUUGGGGUCCUUGUAGGCAUGGCUCUAAUGUUCGUUAUAUUAUGCGUCGUCCUUAGACUUUUCAGCAAAGCUCGCUGGCGCGAAAAUCGGACAAUAUUCAAUACACCGAAUCCUCGGCUGAUGAACGUGUCGUUGCUGAGGGACAGUAAGCUUUUACACGGUCAGGAGCGUCGGGGUUCCAGAGGUAGCGUCAGGGGGCCUUCUAGGCAACCCUCUGUCGCAUCUCUCCGGGCUCACUCACCUUCGGCAUCGCAAGGUGCGAAACACUCUCAACGAGUGAACCGAUCUCGUACAGGGUCUAGACGUGGGAGUCGUGGAAGUACCGGGAACGCAUCGGCGACAUCAGCGAGAUCAAAUAAAUCGCCACCCGCAGCCCAGCCGAAUAACGUCACUGUGGAGAUUCUGGAACCCGUUGCGUAGGCAUGGGGUUGUUCCGAGAAGAAUAACAAAAAUUUAAAAGGUAAAAGAAGGAAACUCUAGGGGUAGUUGACAGCGAAAAUUACGAUUUUGUUGAUGGAAAGUUUUCGAAUAUAAAUUGUGGCAUAAUCAUCGCGCAAAAACUUACAAUUAGCAAAGUUUCGUAGGAAACGAAAUGAGAAAAAAAAAGAAAUACACCGUAGAUUACUCUUUUCUACUAAUAUCAUCAUUUUCAACGAUAUUCGGAUAAUCGAUAUAAUGGAGAUUCGCAGGUAAACCUGAUACAAUUACAUAUUCGGCUUGGCUUUGAAACGAAACUGCGAUCAUGACGAUCCACUCACACAUAAAUUAAUAAUACAUCUUACGAUGAAUUGUGAUUAGAUGUGCGUUAUUUCGGGAGGAAAAUUAAUAGGAAUGUGAGAUAAUUGUCAAGAAAUAUGAAGAAUCACAUUAGUGCGUUGUUUUACACGCGUUAUUCUAACAUCUGCAGCCUAAAACAUACUAAUGAGGGUUCCAAAAGUUUACACUUCGGUUCAAAGCCUUUUCAUAUAUUAUUACGUACUACCUGUAUCAUAGAUUUUUUUUGUAAAUUAGGGAACAUAUAAAAGAAAGGAAAAAAAGUAUCGUUGUGAGUGACUAAAUUACAUUCUAUCUGCGUAAUAAUGAUAAUCUUAUCUUUCCGAAUAUGCAAACUUUGGUUCAAUAUAAUUAUGAUUAUACCAUUAAGGUGACGACUCAUGAAAUGAUAUUUUCAAAUAAUCUGCACAAUGCAAUCUGAAAAUCGACAAUUAUAUAUGUACGUAAUAUUAAUAUAAUAAUAUAUCGUCCUAUCGCACAUUACCUGAAUAUUAAUCACGUAUAUUAUUGUCAUAAACUAUAGCUAAUAAUUAUCGGAUUUCUAUGAAAAAUUUGUGAGGCUAUAGCACGAAAAGAAUAAUUCUUCAUUCGCAAUCACCUGCAACAGUUGAAUACGUACACGUAUGUAAAACGAUCGGUGUGCAGUCUGUGGUGUUAAUUAAAAAGACGUUGACAUUAAAUCAGUCUCGGUCUAUAUAAUAAGCUUUUUCGCGAGGGACCACUCAAAAGUGUUAUAAAAGAGGCGCUACGACAGCUUUAUACAUAAUACGAUGCCCUGGAAGUAUGACAAAGAUUAUAAUUAUAGAGAAAUUACAAUAGCGUAUUGCGAAGCGGUGCAAGCUAUCCUCGAUGUUCUAUAUACAUUUAUACUCUUAAUAUCCAUUAUAAUAGAUACAUGAUAUAAUAAUAUAUGUGUAUUCGAAACUGCACCGUAGGAUAAAAUUUUAGUUGGAAAAGAUCCGAUAAAAUAUAAUUCCAUAUUAAAUAUGAUCACAACUAUAAUUAGGUACACAGUGACACAAUAUCGAUCAAUCAAAUGUUUUUAUUAUUAACGUUACAACUAUUGUUGUGGAAAAAAAUGAUUCUAUCAAGUUGGAAAAAUGAGAUUAUUAAUCGUUGAUUCCAUUGCUAUUACGAUUGUUGAUUUAGAUUAGUGGUUAUUAUGAUGCUUUUGCUCGUUUACAUUUAUAGGGAUGUAAAAAAAGUUUAAUCAACCUUGCGUACCGAAUCAUUGUUUAGUUUCAAAGUUUUCACGUGGGGGUGUUUGAAAUUUUUGAAUACUCUUUCUUGUUUAAAUGAUAAUCCGUUUCGGGAUUUACUAUUAAUCGCUGAUCAUUUCCGUGCCUCUUAGAGAAAAUUUUUGCAAAUUUCAAGCUUGGCUGAGUCACGUGGUACGAAUCUUCAUAGAAUGUAUUUAUAAAAAAAGCCUACUGUAACUGUGCUGUAUACUGUGAUUAACGCGAUAACUUUGUAGGGAUACUACGCGUGAAAACGACUCGUGAAAUUAUAGAACAAGUAUAGAUCUCAUCCCGCACCUAAUACACCUCUUAUCGUUAAAUAUAUUACGAUAUAAAAUCGUGUCCCCCAUCUGUCGGAGCUACAUAGUUGAAAUUCCUAAUUGGUUGAAGAAAUAUAAUCACCAAAUUUAUUAUUGUUCAACCUCGUUGAUUUUGAUAUUAUCAUUAUUAUUAUACCGGGCACGAUUUUGCGUACGAUACAAUACGAUGCGAUAAAUAAUUAAGUACGUAACAUUACGUUACGCAUAAAAAUAAAUAUUGAAAGUAGAAAAGGACGUUCGAACCACGACCUUUAGAAAUAAUUCUGUCAAAUUACUAGCUGAUGUAUGUUACAAUAUCUAGCAUAUAUAUUGGCAUAACAUAUAAUUAUUAUUCGCGCUGUUUAGAUUAUUGAACAUAGCAUAUUUUUUCUCAAAUAUUAUCUCACGACAUAGAAGUGUUUUUUCACAGAAUCGCCUUACUCAAUGUGGAAAUUAGGGGAAGAUUUCCACCUUGCAGUUUGGUACUUUUGUUGCAUGAGCUAGCUUUGCGUAAUAAUAAUAUAUUCAAUUGUAUUAGACGAGUUUAUUUUGCUUCACCGUUAGAUAAUUCUUUCGAGAGGAAGUAGAAAUGGCAGAAAAAUGUACUGUGCUCGAUAAUUAAUCAACUAUAAUUGGUCAAUCGAUUAAUUAGCAUUAUAUUCGUAUAUGACAUCAAAUAAAACAUCACAAAUCAAACUGAAAAUUAUCUCAUUCGGCAUUGUAGUAUAGGGACCAAGGAAAGAAUAUUCGCGAAUAUCGUCAUUACUUUUAGUUCUUUUUCAAUAGUUUUCAUGUCGGAUAUCAUCAGACGAAUUUUUUUUAAUUCAUGGAACGAGAUGAAAAAGAAAUACAAAAAGUAUAUUUCAAUUACAUAUAUCACUUAUUUGCCCAAUUCGGCAGAGAACGAGGGUCUAAAAAUAUAUUAUAUAAAUGUCUUUGAUCAAUGUACAUUUUUCAACCCCUAAUACAUGAUAGAAUAGAAAAAUAUUAUGUUCGCUGUUGAAAAUCUCGCUCUCGGCCUUAGUUACGUACAAAUACACAAAAUAAUCAACCACUCACGUGCACAAGUACGUUUAUUAACAAACAUAAUUACAUACUGUGAACACUCCUUGGGAUCAUCAUCCAGUUUUGCUGCUCAAAAAAAAAUAAAAAACAAAAAUAAAAAAAAAAUACUAUUACAAGCUAAUCUGUGAAUAUUUGUAUAUUAUUAACGACUAUGUCUAACAUUGAAUAAAAACUAAAUAAGAAAAAAGUAUGUAAGGAACGCGAUUAAUAUCUAAAGUCUAUAAAUAUUUAACAGAUGUGUGACGUUAUAUUUAUAUUAUUUCGGUAAUUUGAUCAGUACUUGAUUAUCCGAAAGAUAUUAAAUUCUUUGUAAUUUAUUUACGUUCUUCUAACGAGUAUGAAAAAGAUAGAAAUCCGCUAGCUUAUACGCGAAAAUAAAUGUAAUGUACAGAAGCUGAACAUCAUUAUGUAUAUAAUGCAGAUUUUGUGGGAAGCUCAAUCAUGGGGAAGUGUUUGGGCGGCCCGCAGAACGAAAAUUCCUGUAUAUUCUUAUUCAAGCUAUAUUUUUGAGUGGCAUUGAUAUCGAUUAACUCUUUUUCUGAUGAAAUAUGUAACAAAAACCUGCAUUUGAGGUGUAGAUUUGGAUACCUUAAAUUCCAUGGAAAUUAUGAUAUACCUACGUAACUGCGACAUCUUGAUUCAUUAGCUGAGUGCUCGUAAUAUAGUAAUAGAAACUGCUAGUCCAAAAUGUCUGUGAUUGACAUUAUAUGAUAAAUUUUAUCACGUUAUUACACACUACGAAAUAUAGAGUAACUGAAUAAUAUAGCGCUACCUUUACUUGCAUUGGUAUUUAAUGCAGUUAUUGUUUGUGUCAGAAUACGACAACGACGUUUAACUUCAACGAUUGAGAUCGACAGCUGAAUCGCCGCAAAAAAUUCUUUUAAUAACCGCUGAUAUUAGAAACCCCAUUUUCACUGGGAUUUCGAUUGACGGCGAUGCAUAAUAUGUACCAGAAAUUGGGCAUAAAUAAUAGUAGAUUUAGGAAAGAAAAAUAAUUCUAAGUGUAACGUUUGCCAGCUAUUCAUGAUAAAAACGAUGAUAGAAAAAAUGUAUAGCUGGUUACUUGAAACUAUAUAAAACUACGAUAGAUUUUAAAGAGUAGCUUUUUAUCCACUCGAUGAGAACUAUUGCAAUUGAAGCUGCGGUAGCGCUGACGCGAAAUCAAUUUCUGUCAUCACUUAAUCCUGAAUUGAAUCAAUAUAUUUAGACUGUAGCGACCAUGAAUCAUCUAUUUCAUAAUGUACAAGAUUCACGGAUUUAUUUCAGUGAUUGAUACGGUCAUGUAAUAGUCAAUAUAAAUACCAAAAAAAAAAGAAUUUGAUACACUGAAAAGUGGCUAUUAUAUUUCUACGUAGAUAAUUCAUUUCUUAUGAUUAUCGUAAUUCGCGAUACAUAUACAUAUAUGUAUGUCAAGUCUAUUCGAAUAGGUCAAGUCACAAACGUUUGUAGUAUAGAAUCUGAAGAAUUCAUAUUCAUAUAAAAUUGGUCAGUAGAAAUAUAGCUGAUGUAGCCGCAGUUGGACCAUAUUAAAAUGAAAAGAAGAACAGAUUAUGAUAUCCAUUACCUAUUGCACAUCGCGCGUCGGUGUACGCGAUCGGUUCACAAAUAAUUAUAUGUAAGGGUAACUUGGUAUUAUAAAAAUAAAAAGUGCUUACAAUCACGAAAUUAUCUAACUAUAUGUAGCUGUAUGUUAUAUUACUUAUAAAUACAUGACGAAUUAUUAUAAAUGAACGCUCUGUGCGACAUAUACUAUAUAAUUAGCGCGCAAAGUUAUAAAUUACUUGAUAAAAAAUAAAUAUAUAAAUACAAAUUGAGGAUUAUAGGAAUAUGAAUAAUAACGUUAGUAAGAUUAACAUCUAGAGUGGACUGGUGCGGGUAGAACUGAGCGAAUCCCUGAUCUUUUUUCACUCCUGAUAUUUUAUAGAACAACCUACUACUUAUAUUAAAAAUCUGAUACGUGAAUAUACACACACGUAUAUCUAACGAUUCAUAUACUAAAUUGCAGCAUUACUCGUAGGCGUGUAGCUACAUAAUAAUUAUUGAUUACCACCAUCCACCUAUAUUGCGCGUUUAAUAAUGAACACUAGGUUUAAUCUACCUUAUAGUCUUUAUAUUAUAUAUUUCAUAUAUAGCUUACUGAAAAUUAAUAUUUAUCAUGACUUCGUAUCUUAUAAUCCUUUGAAUCAAUUUUAAUAAAAUCAUAACUCAGUCGAUUGAAAAUCAAGAA